AGAAGAUGAAAUUAUUGUAUAUUUAUUUAAAAUGAGUGAUAAAAUUGUUUCCUCUGUUUGUAGUCCUCAGAUGCAUAUGUUUUGUUUUAUCAGCGGAUGGAAAAGAAAUUACAUUGUACUGAUGGGGACAUUAAAAUGAUGCAGUCUGAUAUAAAACUGGUUCCAAAUGUUGGACAGGGUGUUGAUAUUAUAGAUGCAGCCCCAAACGCAACAGCCACUUUUGAAAUGAGCAUGGUAAAUGAAUCUGACUCUCCACAACUAUUAUGUCACAAAGCAGAAAUAGUUCCAACAUUAAGUUUAACACUUACAACUACUGAUAAUAAAGAUGGAUCUGAAAAAACAAAGGAAGUAUUAACAAAAAAUGAUGAGCCUCAAGAUUUAUCUGCUAUAACUUCAGUUCUUCAAUGUUUAAUUCAUACAAAACCUUUGAAAAGUUUUAUUGUCAAGAGUAGAGGAUCAGAUAAAAAAUUAGCUUUAUUUUUUUAUAAGUUAUUAAAUGAUAAAAUGUCUGUGCCAGAAAUUAUAAUGUCUCAACCAGAAUACUUGAAGUUAGCUAUAGAGCAGCAGGAUGCUCAAGAGUUAAUCAGUGUGUUGAUUAAUGGCUUACAUGAAGAAUUUAAUCAAGUAACAGGUGAAAAACCUUAUGUUGACAUGAAAGUGGAUGAAAGCAAAUGCAGUUCUGAAGAGGAAAUAGCAGCGGCUUGGAAAAAAUUGACUGAGCUUAGGGAUAAGUCUGAAAUAAUUAAUAUUUUUCAUGCGCAAGUAAAGACUACACUCAGAUGUGGCAAAUGCUCAUACGCUCAGAAAUCUUAUGAUUCGCUGUUUCCUUUAUCACUACCAUUGCCAAGAAAAGAAUCAAGAUUGACUUUAACAAGUUGCUUGAGAUUGUUCAUGAGAGAAGAACAAUUAUCUAACUCAAAAAAGUGUAAAAACUGUCAUGAUAACUGCAAGCAUUUUAGAAAAGCUGAUAUUUUGAAACUACCUCCAAUACUAGUAGUUUAUUUAAAACGGUUUCAUUUUCUUGAAAGUGGUAUGACAAAAAUUGAGAAACCUGUUGAGUUCAGUUGCAAAUUUCCUAUUCAAGAAUAUUACCCAAAUGCUCAUGAUGAUAUAGAAUAUAAAUUAUAUGCAGUGAUUAAUCAUUAUGGAUCAUUAGAAUGUGGAUACUAUUUCUCUUUUAUAAAGUGCGAUGAGCAGUGGUAUUCAUUUCAUGAAAGUGACUAUAAUGACUAUAAAAAAAUCUCUGAAAAGGAAAUUUGUACAUCAAAU